CAGCGAGCGGUGUCAAGUAGUGUCAAUCCGAGUCGACGCUGUGGGGACGUUGUGGGGACACUGUGGGGACGUUGUGGGGACGUACCGCCCCUGGACCGCGCUUCCGUCACUGUGCCACCGCGAUGCCGUGAUGGGGCCGGGGCCGAGGCGCCCGAGGGACCCGGACCCGGAGGCCGACCCGGAGGACGACACGUGACGGGGACGGUGCCGGCGCCAUGCCGCGCCCUUCCCGCGAGUCGUACGGCGACCAGAAGCCUCCCUACUCGUACAUCUCGCUGACGGCCAUGGCCAUCUGGAGCUCGCCGGACAAGAUGCUGCCGCUGAGCGAGAUCUACCGCUUCAUCACGACGCGCUUCCCGUACUACCGGCGCAACACGCAGCGCUGGCAGAACUCGCUGCGCCACAACCUCAGCUUCAACGACUGCUUCAUCAAGGUGCCGCGCAGGCCCGACCGGCCCGGCAAGGGCGCCUACUGGACGCUGCACCCCAAGGCGCUCGACAUGUUCGAGAACGGCAGUUUCCUGCGGCGCCGGAAGCGCUUCAAGCUGCCCAAGGUGGACAAGGAGGCCCUGGAGCGUGAGCUGGCGGCGCUGCAGCACCAC